UCCAAUAACUUAUAUUAUCAUAUUCAAAUAUUUGGAAAACGGGUGAAUUUGAAGAUUAGGGGGUCUAUAGUCGUCAGCGAUGAUUAAGCAACUAUCUUAUUAUCUAUAGCCAAAAUCAAUAACCGAAACCCAAUUACUGGAACCCAUGCUUCUGAAGACCCGACCCGUUCUUCUCUCCUCACAUUUCAUCAACAACAUUAUGAGCCCUAUAGGAAUCGGAUCCAACCCAUAUUCCUCCACGCCAAAAUCGGGUCAUCUUUGUAUCGCUCUUUCUACCUCUCCAAACCCUAUCGUUUCUACCGGAUCAUCCGAUCGGACCCAAACACCUCAACCACCUUCCCUCCUCUCUCUCUCCCUUUCUCUCUAAAUUAACUAUAUUCUCAAGCCUAUGUGAUGGAAAUACCAAAUGAUUCAGGCGCUAAGAAACCAAAGAGAUUGACAUCUGUUGUCUGGAAUCACUUUGAAAGGAUUAGAAAGGCUGACAUAUGUUAUGCUGUUUGCGUUCAUUGUAACAAGAGACUUAGUGGAUCAAGUAAUAGUGGAACUACUCAUCUAAGAAACCACUUGAUUCGGUGUCUUAAAAGAUCAAACUUUGAUGUUUCUCAACUACUUGCGGCAAAGAGAAGGAAAAAAGAUAAUACUGUCAGCCUAGCAAACAUUAGUUUUGAUGAAGGUCCGAGGAAAGAAGAAUAUGUAAAGCCAACAUUCGUCAAGUUUGAACAGGAACAUAAGAAAGAUGAAAUGAUUAACUAUGUAAGUGGUAAAUUUGAUCAGGAGAGGAGUCAACUUGAUCUCGCGCGUAUGAUCAUAUUACAUGGAUACCCGGUGACCGUGGUUGAACAAGUAGGAUUCAAGGUCUUUGUGAAGAACCUCCAGCCUCUCUUUGAGUUUUUGCCAAAUAGUGGUAUUGAGAUUUCAUGUUUAGAAAUCUACAGGAGGGAGAAAGAGAAAGUGUAUGAGAUGAUAAACAAGUUAUGUGGUAGGAUUAAUCUGUCUAUUGAAAUGUGGUAUUCGACAGAAAAUUCUUCGUAUUUGUGUCUAUCAGCACAUUACAUUGAUGAGGAAUGGAAAAUGCGGAAGAAAAUUUUGAACUUUCUUACACUCGACUCUUCUUACACUGAAGACUUGCUUCCAGAAGUGAUUAUCAAAUGUCUCGAUGAAUGGGACAUUGACUGCAAACUAUUUGCAUUGACUCUUGAUGAUUGUUCUGUUGAUGAUGACAUCACUCUACGAAUCAAAGAGAGAGUUUCCGAGAAAAGGCCUUUCUUAAGUACUCGACAAAUACUUGAUGUACGCUCUGCAGCACAUCUCAUAAGUUCCAUUGUUCAAGAUGCCAUGGAUGCGUUGCAUGACGUGAUCCAAAAGAUUCGAGAGAGCAUCCGAUAUGUUAAAAGUUCACAAGAAGUGCAAGGAAAAUUUAAUGAAAUUUCUCAACGUGCUGGGAUCAACUCUCAGAAGACCUUAUAUCUUGAUUUUCCACUUCACUGGAAGUCUACAUAUAUCAUGCUUGAAACUGCACUAGAAUACAGGAAAGCCUUUUCAGUCUUCCAAGAACACGAUCCCUCCUACACUUCAAUUCUAUCCGACGAAGAGUGGGAAUGGGCAAAUUCUGUUGCUGGAUAUUUAAAACUCCUUGUUGAAAUCAUGAAUAUCUUCUCAGGCAAAAGAUUUCCUACUGCCAAUAUAUUCUUCCCCGAGAUCUGCGACAUUCAUAUUCAACUGAUUGACUGGAGCAGAAGCUCCGACAAUUUUCUUAGUCCCAUGGCUUUGAAGAUGAAAGCCAAAUUUGAUAAGUACUGGAGCAAGUGCAGUUUGGCGCUAGCUUUAGCCGCAGUCCUAGACCCCCGGUUUAAAAUGAAGUUGGUUGAGUAUUACUACUCCCUGAUAUAUGGCAGCACCGCUUUGGAACGAAUCAAAGAAGUUUCAGAUGGUAUCAAAGAACUUUUUAAUGCAUAUUCUAUCUGUUCAACAAUGGUUGAUCAAGGGUCGGCCUUACCUGGAAGUAGCUUACCAAGCACAAGUUGUGGUGUUGCCAGGGAUAGACUAAAAGGCUUUGACAGAUUUCUUCACGAGACAUCACAGAGUCAGUCCAUGGUGUCAGACUUAGACAAGUAUUUAGAGGAACCAAUCUUUCCUCGCAAUUCUGAUUUUAACAUUUUGAACUGGUGGAGAGUCCACAUGCCAAGAUACCCAAUUUUGUCUAUGAUGGCAAGAGAUGUUCUCGGGACUCCCAUGUCAACUUUGGCACCUGAAUUGGCAUUUAGCACAGUAGGAAGAGUGCUGGAUUCUUCUCGCAGUUCAUUGAACCCAGGUACACGAGAGGCUUUAGUAUGCACACAAGAUUGGAUCCAAAAUGAAUCAGGAGAUAUAAAUCCAACGCCAAGCCAUUCCGCUCUACCACUUCUCCUUGAAUCAAGUUAACUUUCCCAGGUAUUCUUCAGCGAAACUUGUAUCAAAUGUUUGUAAUCUCUCUACUUUCGCUUGUUGAACAUUGUGCUUAAAACUUAUUAAUGUGCAGUGUUCCAAGGUUGAUUGUUCUGUUACUGGUUCACUAGUUACUUUUAUCUUUUUGUUUUACGAUUUCAGGUAGUAUCAUCAAAGAAGCUAUCUUUGAAUUGUAACUGUACCUUUGUUCUCCUGUAUCAUUUCUUGUUGGGAAGUGAUAUAUUGAAAAUAUUAUGUGAAAAGCAAUGUAUAUUAGAAUAAUGAAGUAGUUUUUAUUUUUCAUGUUUAAAGCUAACGCAUUUGCUUAGCCGUCAAAUGUUUUUAUUGGAGUUUCAUUCAGAUAAAUCUGAUUUUGUAUAGAGGGUUGCAUGACCUUGAUAUCAAAGACGUCCCUUACAUGUUUCACUAUUCCUACAAUACGGCUGCACAAAGUGAUGAAUUUUGAAUGAAGAUCUUCAACAAUUGCGUUAUGGCAUAGUUUUAACUCUCAUUUAAUCUUUUAUCAUCUCUAUCAAUUGAAGUUCUUACUUACACUUGCUCACUGGACCAGUUAUACAACUAUAUAUAUGGUAUAGAGUAAUUGCAUAAGAACUAUUUCCUUUGUUCUA